AUGGUGAGGGAGGCUGGGCUGUCGCGCUUUUGAUUGGGAAGUGUGGCGCUGCCGCGAGAGCGAAGGGCAGCGGAGCAGCAGGAGUGAGCCGGCAGCGGAGCGCUCGGAGCCGGCCGAGGACAGUGCAGGCACUCGCUCGCCGGGCUCGAGUACCGCUGCUAGGAAUCCACGAUACCCCGCUGCCGAUCAACAGUACGGCAACUCCUCUGGAUGUAUGGUGGACGUUGGGUUGUUUGCAACCCACCCCGAAAUCGCUGAAGUUCCCUCAUUAGUUUAGAUGUAAAAUAUAUUGUCCGUAUGGUUCUGCCACUUGUAUUUUUUAAUUCGUCCAGCCUAGGACCAUUUGCUUCUCCCCACCACCCCUGAUUCUGCCCUGUCUUUUUUUUUGUGUGUUUUUUCUUCUUUCGCUCGCCAACAUGCCAAGCAAAACCAAAUACAACUUAGUGGAUGACGGGCACGAUUUGCGGAUUCCUCUGCAUAACGAAGAGGCUUUCCGGCAUGGAAUCAGUUUUGAGGCGAAGUACAUCGGCACACUGGACGUACCCAGACCAAACAGCAGGGUGGAGAUCGUGGCUGCAAUGCGAAGGAUUAGGUAUGAAUUCAAGGCCAAGAACAUUAAGAAGAAGAAGGUGAAUAUAAUGGUGUCAGUGGAUGGGGUCAAAGUUCUCCUCAGGAAGAAGAAGAAGAUGAUCAAGAGUCUAGAAGCAAAAGACGAGGACAGGAGAGUGACCCCGACUUCGUUCUGGAUGACUCUCCUUAAAAAGGAAUGGACCUGGGAUGAGAGCAAGAUGCUGAUAAUGCAGGAUCCUAUCUACAGGAUAUUCUACGUAUCACAUGACUCCCAGGACCUCAAGAUUUUCAGUUACAUUGCCAGAGAUGGUUCCAGCAAUGUUUUCAGAUGCAACGUCUUCAAAUCUAAGAAGAAGAGUCAAGCAAUGAGGAUUGUGCGGACUAUAGGACAGGCUUUUGAAGUGUGCCACAAGCUGAGCCUCCUGCACACCGAGCAGAAUGUACGCCGAGAGGAAGACCAAGAAUGUGAAGAGAGUGUAGAAGCCACCAGUGUUUCAGCUCUGCAUCAGACUGGCAUAGAGAAGGAGGAUUCAGAAGAGACUGAUAUCGAUGCUGUCGAUCACCCUCUACAUGAUGGUACAGAGGCCCACUUCAGCCGGGGCGUGACUGACUUGGACGCAGUACGAAAUGAACCGGAUCUUCAUAAGAUCAAAAAGCUCCGAGAUGACAGCCCAAGCAUCCUGACCGCCUCCCCAAAGAUGCUGCUGCCUUCAGCUGGCCAGCUGCCCUCAGGUGCCCCGCUCUCGGUUCACCACCAGAUCCAACUUCUCCAGCAACAGUUACAACAGCAGCAGCAGCAGAGCCAGGUCGCCAUAGCCCAGGUCCACUUGCUGAAGGACCAGUUGGCAGCUGAAGCAGCGGCUCGAAUCGAGGCCCAGGCUCGGGUGCAUCAGCUGCUGCUGCAGAACAAGGAUCUGCUCAAACACAUCUCGCUGCUCGUGAAGCAAGUGCAGGAACUGGAGUUCAAACUUUCUGGCCACGGUUCAAUGGGUUCACAAGACAGCUUGUUGGAGAUCACUUAUCGAUCAACGGUGCCUCCAGUGCUCUGUGACCCAACCACUCCCAAGCCAGAAGACGUCUGUGUGCCCCAGUUGUGCGAUGGAUCGGAUCUCCCCCUGCCUCUGGGAAGCCCAUUAGUUGACCAAAGCAUGUUUGAGAACUCCAAUACCACACCGAUGCCAAAACUUCACCACGGCAAAACCGCCACCUCCACAAGAAGUGCCUUGGCCGGGUCAUCAAUGGCCAUUGCUGCCGAGUCAGCCGGGAGAUUGGCCAGUGGCAGCAACAACCACCAGCCCCUUAAGAGUGCUUUCAACCUGGGGAAGGCCAUGGGGGCAAAGGUCAAUGACUUGCUGCGAAGAAAAGAGCAGAGCACGGUGACAGAUGUCGGUGUGACUGAGGUCAACAAGAAUGCGGAGGGGGCCCUUUCAGUGGCGGGAAAGGAUGAGAACGGGCCAGUGACCAACAGUGGGAUUCAGAGCCUCUCAGAGUCAUUCCCUCGGCUGGAGCCACCUCCACCGACAGCCAAAAAGAGGACUUCCCGGGCCCUGAAGACCACUCAGGACAUGAUGAUCUCAUCAGUGCCAGUGGUUCAUUGUGGAGACAUCUCUGACCUGUCCAUCAACUCCAUCUCCGAUGGAGCAGCACAGCGAAAUAACCAAGCACUGGAAAGCAAGGCCGGCAAUGGGGAAACCUCCCCCUUCAGCACUGCGGAGAACCUGACUCCUAACCUCAUCGCUGAAGCCAAAUUGGAGAACAAACACUGCGGCAUGCCGGAGGGUACCGAGGACCUUGCCAAGCCUGCCCUUUCCGUACCUGAUCUAUUGAAUAAAGAGCCUGUGGAUGUCAAGCUGAAGCCAGCUGGCCCGGAGAAAAGGAUGGCCUCCUCCCCAUGCCCCGAUAAGGCUUGCUUGCGGAUCAGCAUCAGUGAAGAUGAUCUUUUAGGGGGCGACUGUGAAAGCUCUGGAGUGCUGAGGCAAAGAUGUUCAAGUGUUGAAAAUGAAGAACAUCAUCCAGACUUGCUGUCAUUCGAUUAGGCUCUUGUGGGAAUUUUCACUCGUUAACACUGGGACUGUUGGAUCUUACCUUUGUUGGAUGAUAUCAAAUUCUCUGCAAUGUGCUUUAAUCAUUUGCAAAGUUUCACACCAAAUUUCAUGACCAUUAUUCUAACCGUUGUGUUUUUGAUCUGGGGAGAUUCAUGUCAAGGUUUAAACACAAGGUUAGUUGCAGAAUAUUCUGUGCAACCUUCUUUUUGUGGAGAGUAGUUUGGCUCCGAGCUGACCUUUAAGCCCAGCGGAGAUUUGAUGUUGUAUCACCAUUUGAAAGAUCACAAUCACUAGUGCUGCUUUAAAAGGAUACGUCUUUCCAAUGGUCACUUGGAAGAUGAUAGAAAACUAAUGGAGAAUGCAAUUUUUUUUUAAAUUGGGGCAUUGAAAUUACACUGGAGGUCAAGUUGCUUGGGUAAUUGAUCUAACUCUCUCCUAUUUUUAACAAUACAGUUAGCCUAUUUAUUUUAAACAACAGAGCACCUCUGGUAAAGCAGCAGAGAUUCUCAUUUCAGAUCAGCACACCAUCUGUCAGACUUCCCAGUCUACAAUGUUAGCUUGUGGGCUCGAUUCUAAAGGUAAAGCUAGAGAAGUCAACAAAUCUGGCCUCUCUUCCAACUGUUCAACAAAGUUGCUAAUUAAUCUUUAACCGCUUGCAAAGCCUGUAAGCAAUAAUCUAACACUAAGUGCCUCAAUUUCGCCUUGUGCGCAGAAACCUUGCCACAGUAAAUUUGGUUUGGUGAGCACCUCACUAAAUAUUUUUCCUUACAAUUUACUUCCUGCAAGCCAUCAGAAAAGUGAAGUAAAUAUCAUGUUCUGUUAGGGGUAUGUGGUGGGAAGAAUGGUGAAACCUAAAAACGAACAGUACAAGGGAAACUCUCUGCAAGUGAAUGAAACUUAAUGUAGUUGUUGUUUUAGGAAAUAAGAAUUUAUUUUAGGUUAAUAUUAUUACAUUGAUUAUGAAAUCAAAACUUUAUAAAACAUAUCAUUUUAUUAAAAAAAAGUCCAGAUGUCGUACCGGCUUAAUUAUGUAUUUCAAAAAGCUUUUAUUCUCUUUCAAAAACUGGAUCAUUUAAGUGCACCAUAAUUUGCUAACAUGCCAGUUAAGCAUCUAUUAAUUAGCUACUUCCUGUAUAAAUGGAACCUACACAUUUAGACUAACUCAUGUUGUGCUGCUCUCCUGAAUCCCAGUCUAGACAGGAGCUAUUUCCAAAGGUAUUUUGGUGAAUAGUUUUAUUUAAUUUUGUUCUUAUUUUCUAGUUUACUAAUUUUAAUUAUUUCGAUUAGUUUCGUGAAAAUACAAUGAAUCCUCUCGUUCACCCCAAUCCUCACAUCUACCUCAUGGCCCUCUUCACAGUUUUUGCUUUGGGAAGUCUGAAGAGGGAAGUGUGUAUUCAAUAUGGGUUUCAGCAUAUCACUGCCCAAACUCUCCACUUAAGACACACAGUGUGUGGAGUAUUGCAUUGGGAGUCUUGUUUUAAUGAGAGUUACAUUCUUUAAAGUGGUGUGCGAGGGUCGGGAAUUGCCUUUGGGAGGAAGCUUUCCCAAUCAGUGUCAAUCUUUUGGAAACCUGUGAGCUACUGAUUUCUGUAGAAUGGAUCUGAAAAUGUGAUUGGUAUUUCAAAUUUAGUGGUUUCAUUCAAACACAAAUGUUAACACUUAAAACCUGUAGUGUUUAUUUGCUUUAUUUUAUAAAUUGAAAUCUUUUUAAAAAAUUGUGGUUUUCUUUGCGAUUUUAAUUGUGUUGGGCAUAGUCUCUC